GUGGGACAGAUCUGCACUACCACAAGGGCGAGUUCCUGGCCAAGUGGCCGCUCAUACCGGGUACGCACGCCUGCACUUCCCCGCAGACGACAGUCUCUGACCAUCGCCAGGCCACGAGGCGGUCGGAACGAUUGUAGCAAGCGGUAGCAACGUCCGCAGCGUCUCCCUCGGCGACCGCGUAGUAGCAGACCCCAUGCAGCCCUGCCUGUCCUGCUUCCACUGCAGGCGGCGCAAACCGCUGCUCUGCUCGAGCCUGACAGCCUUUGGCGGCAACGUGCCCGGCGGCUUCGCAGAGUACUGCCGCUACCCAGCGCGCCAGGUGCAUCGCAUCGGCGAGCUUCCGGAUCUCGAAGCCGUCCUGGUUGAGCCGGCGGGGUGCGCGACGCACGGCAUCGAGCGCAUGCAGCUCGAAGCCGGCAGCAGGGUGCUGCUCUUCGGCUGCGGGCCAACGGGGAUCCUGCUCGCGCAGCUGAUUCGGCAAAACGGCGGCGCUCACCUGACCAUUGCGUCGAAAGGGGGCCCGAAGCUCGAUCUCGCGAGGGCGCUCGACGUCGCAGAGGCAUACGUGAGCAUCUCCGACGACCAGCCGUCGCGAGACCUGUCUAGUCUGCGGACCGCGAAUCCUCACGGGUUCGACGUGGUCGUCGAAGCAACCGGCGCGCCCACGGUGCUGGAGAGCAGCAUCGGCUUCGUGCGCAAGGGCGGCAAGCUGGUCGUGUACGGCGUGUACGACGCGGCAGUCAAGAUCGCGUGGAGUCCGUUUGAGAUCUGGGAGAAGGAGAUGACGAUCCUGGCGAGCUUCUGCAGCAUGCAGCACAUGCCGCAGGCGCUAGAGUAUGUCGGCGGGGGGAAGCUGAGGCUGGGCGGGAUCGUGGAUCGCACGUUCAGGAUCGAGGAGUGGGGGGCGGCGAUGGAUGCUGUGCGGCGGCAGACGUGUGUCAAGGCUGCGAUUGUGUUUGACUAAGGCUGGGCCUUUAUUCUCGCUUGAUU